UGUAGCACAACGGCAGAAAUGCAGGGAAAUAUGGAUAUUUAUUUAAAAAAUAUAAAAGAAAGUUUCACAAUCGCGUUAUUAUAUUGGCCCAAGGCGUGGGCUGCGGUUCACGCGCUUACAACAUCUGAAAAUGACCACAAAGGUUGCGGUCGUGUCGUUUGCUUUUUGCUUUUGUGUUCAUAUAUAACGACUAUACUCACUAUUUUGCCCGAUGGAGUGUGUAAUGAACCGUUUGCGUGGCGUCUUUGUCCAAUAAAAAUGUCGAUUCGACAGGUGGACUCGCGUGAGAGAGAAAGAAACUUCCUCGCGGCGUCAGCAGAAAUCGUUUAUCAGUAACGUUUUGCUAUCACUCACUUUUAUUGUUAGACCCUCGUAUCUCUGUUCCUAGGAAAUAGUGCGACGACUAAAAAAAAGGUAUGCACCGGAUGUGACACUGUGAUUCAUGACAUAUGGAAGGUCAGCACGGAUUAUUUUCACACUCGUGAGGGAAAUGGGGAACGGAGUGUCCGAGCAACCCAACUUUCUAUCCAGUCUUCCGUUCUGUAAUUCUCUACACAUCGCUAUUCUGGGCCUGGACUCUGCAGGCAAAACUACCGUGCUGUAUCGUCUGCAGUUCAAUGAGUUUGUCAACACUGUCCCCACCAAAGGUUUCAAUGCAGAGAAGGUCAAAGUGCCUUUCGGAGACUCGCGAUCAGUAACGUUUCACUUCUGGGACGUUGGAGGCCAGGAGAAACUGCGUCCUCUGUGGAAGUCCUACACGCGGUGCACGGAUGGCAUCGUGUUUGUUGUGGACUCUCUGGACGCGGAGAGAAUGGAAGAGGCUAAAACUGAGCUUUACAAAAUCGCACGUUCCUCUGAGAAUCAAGGCGUGCCUGUGUUGAUUAUCGCUAACAAGCAGGACAUGAGACGGGCUCUGUCGCUUUCACAGAUAGAGACCAUGCUGGCGUUAAAAGAACUGGGACCCGCCACUCCGUGGCACCUGCAGCCCACCUGUGCCAUCAUUGGUGAAGGGCUCCGAGAAGGACUAGAAAGACUUCAUGACAUGAUCUUGAAACGAAGGAAGAUGCUUAAACAGCAGAAGAAAAAAUAAGCGUGUUAUAUGGAGGAAAACCAAGCGUCAUUUUGUUAUGUGCCAAAAAAGUUGGUUAGAGCUGACAAGCACUUUAGUUGUUCAGUUUCUUGGUGUUUACUACUAUAGUUGUUUAUUAUCUGUCUUGGACAUUUUUCUUGAAUUAUGUAAACUUAAUAUAAAGCUUAAAUAGUUUGUGUAUUGUCGCACUAAAGGAUGAUUCUUUUUGGAAGUUUUAUUUGAAAUAAAAAGGCCUACUGUGCUUGUCCAAACUUCGACUUGUGAAACUUGCGCCUGCCAUUUUUAUUUAUUUUUCAACAACCAUUGGAAUAUAGUUUGGAUAU